UCUAUGAAAAAUAUUUUGAAAAUGAUUAUUUGAAUAUUAAUGAUCAUAUUUCUCAUUCAGUCCGCUUAAGUCCUAGAAAUCAUGGCUGUCGUUGAACCGGUUGUCGGGGGAUUCUCCUUUGAAAAUUGCAGAAGAAAUGCUAUCUUACAAGAGAAAGGUCUGAAGCCACCCAAUGCAUACAAAACUGGGACCACUAUAGUAGGAGUUGUAUUCAAGGAUGGGAUAGUUCUAGGAGCUGAUACAAGAGCAACAGAAGAUACAGUCGUUGCUGAUAAAAAUUGCUCCAAAAUACAUUACAUAGCAGAUAAUAUAUAUUGUUGUGGAGCAGGAACAGCUGCAGAUACAGAAAUGACCACACAGAUGAUCUCGUCCCAGCUACAACUGCACAAACUCAAUACAGGACGUGUUCCCCGUGUCUGUGUUGCUAACCGUCUCUUGAAGCAAAUGCUUUUUAGAUACCAAGGUCACAUAAGCGCAGCGUUGGUGUUGGGAGGGGUUGACAACACAGGCCCACAUUUAUACAGUGUGUAUCCCCAUGGAUCUACAGAUAAACUACCAUACGUUACCAUGGGAUCUGGGUCUCUAGCUGCGAUGUCAGUGUUUGAAGAUGGCUAUAAGCCAGAUAUGGAGAUGGAGGAUGCCAUGAAGCUUGUCCGCGAUGCAAUUGCUGCUGGUAUAUUUAAUGAUCUUGGCUCAGGUAGCAACGUAGAUCUGUGCGUCAUCAAGAAAGACCUCAAAGUGGAUUAUCUUAGACCAUAUGAUGAGGCCAACCAGAAAGGAAUAAGACAAGGAAAGUACACAUACAAACGUGGAACUACUGGAGUUCUAACAUCAGAGGUGAAGAAAUUGCCAGUUCUUGUGACCUCAUCUAAAGUGAAGUCAACAGAAAGUUCCAUGGACACUUCAUGAGCAGUAUAACUGCCAAGCAAAUAGCAACAUUCGAAACAUUUGACAUUUCACUUAUCUCAUGAUAAUCACUUUUUCAGUUAUUUUGAUUGAAAUUGAAUGUACGUGGGUAAAUGAAAUAAUUUUUUCUAAAACAUAAGAAUGAAGCCUGCUAAAUGUAUCCCAUGUGUGUAAGUCUUUUAUCACUGCCCAGGGAUAAAAACACUCAGAUACCAGUGAAACUGAAAAUAAACAAGUUUGUCAGUGACGGUCAGACAAGUUGAAAAUGUUAAUUCAAUGAGAAUUUAACAAUUUUUAUUAGAUUAGUAUGAGACAUUUUUGUAAAGUAAUUAAUUAAAUAUUUUUCAUAAUUUCGAUGACUCUAUCAGGUUGAGAAAUGAAAUUGAGAAAAAAUCCACCAUUCACGUUGAACUUCAUUGUAUUGCCAAAUCCUAUUUCUGGAUAUAUCUUGUGUAGCUAUAUAUUCAUAUCAUAAAAGGAACAUUUGUAUAUAGGCUAAUAUUUAGAAUAAAAUUCUAUGUCCUAAGAAAAACAUUUGUUAUUUCUACUUAUUCCCAAUAUAUCUGGUAUGAGACUUGGCAGAAAAAAUACAAAAGAUAGACUUAUAACAAACACCAAUAAACAUUG